CUGUCAUUUUAUUUUUUCUAAGAAAGUUAGGUUAAUAGGUACCUAUUGUAUUGCAGGCAAAUAUUGAAAUAAAAUCAAAUAAAUUAAAAGAGCCAUACCCGCUAUGGCGUUAAAUAGAUUAUUUGUGGGGCUUUCAAUAACUCCGGCGUUAGUUAGUAGGAGAGCCAUUCAAGUCACUGCUGCAAACUUUAGCAGUAAACCUCCUCUAGUGAAACCAAAACCAGGUUUUGGUAAGAGUUACAGGCGUAUUGUACAUUUCCCAGAGGAAUAUACUGUGAAGCCUUUGGAAGUAACGAAUCUAGCUGGACGGGAUCCUGUAACAGGUAGAGUAACAGCGAAAGGUAUUGGUGGAGGCAUAAAACACAAGUAUCAUUGGAUAAGCUGGGUCAGAGAUGGACCAGCAGAAGGACCUCCUCAGGAAGAAAAAGUUAUUCAGAUCAUUGAAGAUGGCUGCAGAACUGCACAUGUAGCACUAGUGGCAGUUGGUGAUAAAUUGAAAUAUAUCCUGGCCACAGAGAAUAUGAAACCAGGAGACAUAUUGAAGACAUCCCGGUAUUUGCCCAGGAUACCAGUGAGAGCUAAUGAAGGUGAUGCAUAUCCACUUGGAGCUCUGCCCACUGGGACUAUUGUCCACUGUAUUGAGAAAGAACCAGGUCAAGGCGGUCUGUACAUUCACGCCGCCGGUACUUUCGGGACUAUCCUGAGGAAACAGGACGACAGGAUCAUUGUACAGAUGCCCUCCAAGAGGCUCUUUAGUUUCGAUCAACAUUGUGUGGCUGUUGUAGGUCGUCUUUCAAACGUGGAUCAUGGUGAUACACCAAUUGGGUCUCCGCAACGCAACCGGUGGUUGGGCAACCGACCCCGAUCAGGUCUAUGGCACCGCAAAGACGGCCGCCACGGGCGCAAGAUCAGACCACCAAAGCCAGUCAAAGAAAUUGCCAAUCGCAAAAACUUCCCCCUACCUGCUAUUGAAAUGAGUAUGACUCCGUGAACGCAUUUGUAAAUAGAUUUGAUAUUUAAUAAAUUCAUCGUAGAA